AGCUGCCACCAGCCAGCCGUAGCAGGCGGAGAGCAGGUACCAACAGCUCCCCUGGAAGCAGAAAUGGUUCUUGGACGCUUGCUGUGGUUUUUCAUGAUGUCAUCCAUUCAUCAUUGUGAGCUGACUGGCUGCCCCCCAGGCCCUGGCCAGCUGCCCAUGGUCAGAAGGGAAGAAACAGACCCCAGGACAACUGUGCAGAGGGCCCCUGAGCAUGUACAGACAUGAUGACAUCAGUUCCACCUAGAAAGCCUUGGUGGAAUUCGAAGAAGGCUGUAAAAGUUAUAAGAUCUUAUCCAACCUUCCCUUCCUUGAACGCCUGGGAAAAAUUCAGGGGCCUCUUGCCUGUGGAUGGGGAGCCGAACCCUGGAGUGGGCCUGGGCGUGGAGGGAGGACUGCUCUGCCAGAUGGUUCAUUCUCCAGAAUUCAACCUGUUUCCGAACUCCGUGGUGUUUGAGAGCAACUUUGUCCAGGUCAGAAGGAGCAGACAUUGGAAAAAAAUCUACAAAGCCUCUAACACAAUGGCCCUUGGGGUGACCUCCUCUGUGCCUUGCCUACCCCUUCCCAACAUCCUCCUUAUGGCCAGAGUCAAAUGGCAUCACGGGCAGAGCCAGACAUGGAACAGACCAUCCACAGCCCCGAGCAUCAUCCUGAAGAGCAUUCUCCCUUUGAAGUUUGUGGAGCUCCAGAUCUGUGACCACCAUGAACGCAUCCUGAGGUUGAGGACAGUUACCGAGAAAAUCUACUUCCUAAAGCUCCACCCUGACCAUCCUGAGACUGUCUUCCUUUUUUGGAUCCGCCUGGUCCAAAUUCUGCAGAAGGGUCUGUCCAUCACCACCAAGGACCCUAGCAUCCUUGUCACUCACUGCCUGGUACCCAAGAGCCUCUGCAGCCCAUGUGGAAUGUCUGAGUUAGGGACGAAUAACUCUCAAGGUUCCCUGCCCAGUGAGAGCCUCAUGCAACUGGUGGCCCAGGGGGAGAGCGAGGCUCUCUCGAAGAUCUUGGCCGACUUGCAUCAGCAGAAACAGUACAGGAGGAGCAACGAGAUGCAGAUCAACAAGACCAGCUCAGAGAAAGCUACUCCCAGGGAAGACAAUAUCCCCUGUACCCGCGAUCUCAGUUGGAGGGACGCAUUGACUUACGGAGAAUGGGAGAGAGAAAACCCCUCUGGGCCACAGCCCCUCUCGCUCCUCGGCACUCUGGCUGCCUCCAGCAGGCCACGGCUGUCCCUACCUGGAGGAAAUUCCAUAUGAUGAACGCUUUCCCAUUGGGGAGACUUUAUGCAGCCCACACCAGACUUCUCUUCAGUGUUCAGUUUCAGGGGCUCUAUCUGGACAGAAGGGAGGAGGAGAUUGCCACUAGGAGCAAACCUGAGUUAUCACAUCCCUGACAGGAGUGGUCUCCUCAUCGUCAGCCUCUCCACCGCCGGAGAGUACAGCAACCUGCAUCCCGUGGGCCCCAAGCAGGUAGAUUGGGAUGCAUUCUCCAAAAGACGAGCCAGGAGAAGAGCAAUGCAAGGGAAGACAGCCCAGAGGAUCUGUGGACACAAGCAAACGGGAGAGGACACAGAAGCUGGCAGGAGGAAGUCAGAGAAGAGAGGCAGGAAGAAAAGUAGCAACACAAGCAAACAGAAGAGGACCCGGGAGACAAACUGAAGAGAACUAGACAAGAAGCACAUCUCUGAGAGAUGCCCGCCAAGCCUCUAUUUAUCUAAUUUAAAAAGUAAAGCCAUAAACCAAGG